AAAAGAAAAAAAAAAGCAGCCGAAGUCACGUGCCCGCUCUCCCUAGUUCCAAGAUGGAGACUGUUGUGUGAUGUGCCACUUUCGCUUUUUAGCUUACCUGCUUUUCACAAUUAUUAUCUCACCAUGGCGAACAAGGACCUUUAAUUAAUUCUCAGUUACUCCUUUACUUGUGACCACCCCCACCCCCGACGAAGUGAACAGGUGUCGCCCUUGAAAAAUUAUUGAAGAGAAGUUCGCUCAAGGAGGAGAAGUGGGGGGAACAAAAGUGCCAAUGAAGAUCAAGUCAAUGUAAACCUGGAAGCAGCCAUGGCGUUAAGAGAGUUAAAAGUUUGUCUUCUGGGGGACACUGGUGUUGGCAAGUCAAGUAUCGUCUGGAGAUUUGUGGAGGACAGCUUUGAUCCAAACAUCAACCCAACUAUUGGGGCAUCUUUUAUGACCAAGACGGUGCAAUACCAGAACGAGCUGCACAAGUUCCUCAUUUGGGACACAGCAGGACAGGAGCGGUUUCGAGCUCUGGCACCAAUGUACUACAGAGGCUCCGCAGCGGCCAUCAUUGUUUAUGACAUCACUAAAGAGGAAUCCUUCCAAACUUUGAAAAACUGGGUCAAGGAGCUGCGUCAGCAUGGUCCUCCCAAUAUCGUGGUGACGGUCGCUGGCAACAAAUGUGAUCUGUCAGACGCCAGGGAAGUCUUGGAGAAGGACGCCAAAGACUACGCUGACUCCAUCCAUGCCAUAUUUGUCGAGACCAGUGCCAAGAACGCCAUUAACAUCAAUGAGGUGUUUAUAGAGAUCAGUAAGCGCAUCCCUGUCACAGAGGCGGCCGGGGGAACAUCGGGAAAAGGUUUCAAACUGGGGCGGCAAGAAUCAGAGUCUCGCAGGACAUGCUGCUGAUGAUACCAGUGACUAUUUGUUACGUUUUCGUCAUUCUUCCAUUGUACUGCGACAUAAACAAUGCUCACAAUAUGGAUUUUGGAAGUGACAGACAAAAGCCUACAAAUAACCAGGCUGGUGUCGCAUAAGGCAUAAAAGUGAUUACUUUUAAUAGUUGCUUAAAUUAUUGGCUUUAAUUAUUAUUUCUCACCAUGAAGAAAUAGACAUCCGUGACAUCUGUGCAAACCGUAAUUUCGUAUGAUCCACUCUUCACGUUGGAAAAAGUGCAUGUCAACUGCAAAUUUCGACAUUGAUAAACGAUGUCAACUGAAAUUUGACAUUCUCUGAACUUUUGAAUACGCCUCCAGUUGUUCAAUGUUGCAACACUUUUUGCACAGCUUGCUGUUGUCUAACAAAGUGUUUCCAGUACAUUUGUCGGUUCAAUUACAAUUUGUUUUUUAAGCAGUCCUCUUGACUGCUCAUUAUCACAUCAUGAGACCAAGAUGACUCCUUACUCCUGAAAAACAGUGACUCUUGUGAGUUACCGUUUUUCAGGGUUUUCAAGGCUUCAAUCAGGAUGUUAUCAGAGGCCUCUGGUUUUCGACUUAAUAUAGAGACCCUGGAAGAGUCACAGAAAGGCAUGGAAGUGGACAUUUAUUGGUAAUUUCAUGGCACUUAUUCUGAAUUUUGUUGUUCGGGUCCUUGUUUGAGAACAGCAACUUAUGUAAAAAGUUCUUGAAAACGUAAGCAUUUCAAAAGGUUAGAGAAGGCCAAAUAAAGUUCACCUUUAGAGGUUAUGGUGUGUUUUAGGUCCAUCUUGAAAAGUCACCCAAAACUUCAAUAUCCCGAUGAACCUUUUGUGAUUUGUGUAUUUUUCAUAGUUCAUCUUGUCAGCUUGUAGUCUUUCCAACUUAACUUUGCUGAUACGUAAAGCAACACACCACUGAAAAUGCAUUGCCCUUCAUUCGAUUAGGCAGCAGUGUGUACAAACAUCCAUCCAUUUUCCUAGCCGCUUUAUCCUCACAAGGGCGCGCUGGAGCCUAUCUGCCCGAAGAGCCGUCUUCGGGCAGUAGGCGGGGGACACCCUGAACCGUUUGCCAGCAAAACGCAGGGCAUGUAUAAACAUGAAUACUGCAAAUAUCAAUAACAUCUUCUUCCCUGAAAAAAACGGGGUAAACCAAUCAAUUGUCAAAAUACAGAAAUUCCCUGCACAGAGCCAUAUUGACCAAUUUUGAACAGGUCACAUUUUCACUGUGACACAAAGCGUGCUAUAACAUGGCAUUGUUCAGUUUUGACUUGUUUCCUGGUCUAUUUUGCAAUAAAAAGCGUUCCGUCUGAAAAAUGUGAUGGAUCUUCCCCAAAACCUAUGUGCGCAUGUAUUAUUGUGCCCAAGUUGUAUUCAGAAAAUAUCAAACGAAAGGAUCAAUAUUUUGUCAGAAGUGAUACCUACUCACAUACCUCCUUACAGAACAAACUUUGUCAUUAAUGUACAAACACCGUGAUCGUGCUUCAUGUUUAGAAAAUGCCCAAAUAUUGUGGAUUUUUUAGAGGUCGUAAGCUGUUGCUUGUGAAGAAAGCAAUGUUGGGAGCCGGCUCUCAUCUGUAAAAAAAUAAAAAUAAUAAAUGUUGCGACUUUGUAUUCAAUAUUUUCGGCGUAUGAUUUGGGCACGCAUAUACAGUACAUACAGAAUUUUGGCGAGAAUCGAUGAUGUUUUUUUAACGUAAAGUUUUUCAUAGAAGGCCCUUUGGUGGCACGCAGGCUGUCUGCAUUCGCCGGUCACUGCCAUUAUAAAUGUUUUAUUUUUUCUCACAGUUAUAAUGGAUAAAACAUGAGAUAGCAUGCAUAACUAUCUAAAUGAUGGUAAUAAUUGACGAUGCCGUACCACAUUUUAUGGCAAUCUAGAUAAACCAGUGAAAAAUUAACAAUGCUAUUUUAGAGCACGCAUUACAUCACAUGGGCUAUUCAAAAUUGUUCAAGGCGACGCUGCGCAGAGUACCAGUAUGUUUUUAUUUUGAUAUUUCAUCGACUUAACUUUUUUUUUAUUUUAGGGAAUCGGAUGUCAUUGAUUUGCACUAUUAAUGUUUAUGUAUGCUGCCGAAAACCGAAUGAAAAACAAUUCAUUUUCAUUGGUGCGUUGCUUUAAUCACUGCUUCCCCAUCUGCAUUUCAGUAUUCUUAUCUCUUUUGUGUGCAGUAAAACUCUAUAAUGCCUGACCUAUAUUAAAAGAAAAAAAAUAACUAGUUUAAGAAGCAGACGCGGAGCGAUGUCAAAACACGCUUUGACCCCUGAUUGGCUUUUUUUCUGUCAUGAAUUAGUUUGUCUUCUGCGGUGUUUUGGGUUUGUUUGUUUUUUUCUUUUUCAAAAUAACAUUUUAAAAUUCCUAACAGUCAAGAAAAUAUAAAGAGUCUACAAAGUUUACCAAACUAAGUAUUAAAACUAAAGUAAAACUGCAAAAAAAGUAGAACUCCUGCCCCUUUGAAGAUGCCUCGCAUUUGCAUUAUGGACAAUAUAAGUGUGUUUUUUUUUUGGUUGUUGUUGUUAGCAAGCGUAUGUUCCUCUUCCGCCUUUACACAACUUAACACAAAUCCAAAAUAUAUGUAUUAAAUAGUACACAGUCCAAUGUCUUACUGAAUCCUUUUCGAAAUUGAAGGUCCCCCAUGUGCUUUAAAUGCUAACUUUAGGACAAAAUUUCCACCCUGCCAUUGCCCACCCUGUCAGCAAGCUCACAUAUUUUGCUAUUUGCAUAUAUAUUGUCUACUUGCUGUUGAUUUAUUUAAAGAAAGUGUGGUAGCGUGAGUCACAUGCAGCAUGACAUCUCCUUAAUACAAUGAAUAUGAAGCUCACCGGAAGGCUCCAACUCGCUCGCAAUGAGUAUUAUAGAAAAUGGAUGGAGGGACCUUUGCUGUUGUGUUUUUAGCUACCGGUACAUGCUAUUCACAGUGCAUCCGGACAGCAAUCACAGUGCUUCCCUUUGUCUAUAUUUUAACUUGCAGCACUAUUCCAAAAUGUACUGUACAUGGACAUCGGCUGCAACAUAUACUUUCCGGAUGCACUUUAUGUUAGCAUUUGUUUGAUGAAAUGACUUUGUGUAUGGCAAUGGUAUUUUUGGCAUUCUAACAGCCACACCCCUUCCAAUGUUGCAUGUUCAAUUUCUGAGGCUGCCGUUAUCUCGCGGACUUAUCUGCUAGCUAACAGCCAAACAGAUUGAUCAAUUGUCAUGGACAGCCAACACCAUUUUGCAUACUACAGCUGAUGACCCAUUCAUUUCAAUCAGAUCCAAACAGCACAUUGACGCAAAAAUCUCUUAAUGCAUAACGAUUCUAAACGUUGCUUGUUAUUUAAGUUUGUUCCUGCUUGUAUGACGAAUGUUUUGGGCAAGAUAGGCAUGCCUGUGAGCAUUUUAUUUCAUGAAACCAUACAUGUGGAUGGUAUGAUAAACAAUGACUUCCAAGCCAUGUUUUUGCUCGCUAUGGUGUGAAAGUUAUGCUUUUGAUUGAUAUUGACGGUAAGAAUCAAACAUUCUUUACUACAGACCGAUUAUUUUAGUUUGCAUUUAGAUCAAUUUUAAAUUUGUCCAUAAAACAUACCGUUAAUAUAAAUACAUUUGGGCAGAGUAUCAAGAGAUCUAAAAAUACUGUGUCAUCGUGAAAAUGGCAGGAAAGUCCCAGGUAUUAAAAUUUCCAACCCUGGCAAUGACGUAGCUCUGCCCCUGCGUCUUGAAAAUGCAACAAUGUUGAUGUUAUUUUGUCGUCAGCUUUUACUUGAUAUGAUCUGUUCAGGUGCCAAUUUGGAAGCAAUAUUUUUACCAACGAACGUACAUGUAACACUUAUGAUUGUGGACAUAGUAUAAUGAUUUCAAGUGAAACUACCAUAACUGUGUUCAAUUGUUGGAAGUGUAAUUGUGAAAUUGUGAUUGCAAAGGCUGCUUCAUUCUGUAGAAUAGGGAGAAGCUGUGUGUGCAACUGUUGCAUUAAAUACAACGCCAAUAGUCUUGGGCUGGCCCCGGGAACAUGAUUGGUCACUGUUAUGUACAGUAUAUUCUACUUUGUAUGGCAUUGCGUUGCACAAAAUUAAAUGGCUAUAAUCUGUAUUGAAACUGUUUUGUGACAAUGUUACGCAUAUACAUUUUCGAUAAUAUCAGCACUGUCAUUGUGGUAAUUAUAUUUGCCCUUUCAAUGUGUUACAUACCGACUGCGACUAAAUGCCUGCAAAAAUACACUUGUUUGCAGUGUAUUUCCAAAUGUGUACAAAGGGAAUUGUCAGUUUCUUUGUUAAUAAAAGGUUGACAAAAA